AUGGCUGCUCGUUCUCCACCAAACUCACGCAGACGUUCUUGGAAAGAAAGCGACGUAAAAGAAUUACGUACAAUUAUGAGAAAAAGCGAUCGAACGCUCCUAUCGAUGGCUGCAAGAAACAUUAAAGGUUUCCUUGUUUUCUUUCUUUUUUUAUGCUAGACGAUUCUUGCUGGCAAACUUUUGCCAACUCUUCGGUGUCCAUAGUUGAGCUUUGUACUUUGUGAAACGCAUUUUUUAAGAGAUACAGCACAAAGACUUCGUCGUCUAUCUUUGCUUCCUAAUUGAAUUGCGCAUGUCUCUAGAGAACUUAUGCGGGCCCAAAAAUUUUGGCACGGUAUUUUUGGUACGGUAAAAAUGGUGUAGUGUAAACCGGGCAUUAUGCAGAGGUGCUGCCCCCAUCAACUGUUAGUAUAAUCCUUUGCCGUGAAGCUUAAGUUUACAAUUCUUUUUUGUUUAGAACAGCCGUUCUAUGAAAAUCAUGCGGCAUUCCAUUUCCAUGCAAGACCCUUCACCCAUCAAGAUGGCUUUCAAAACCGUCAUAUUAAAGGUACGGGAGAACGAAAAUUGAAUUUUUAAGAGCGCGAGGCUCGUCUCUCUGCAGAAGAGGGAGCCACUGAGUGCUCUUUACUAUUAUAAAACAUCGCACUCGCCACGGCUCUAAAUAUAUAAAAAAAAGUACCAUCGACAUAACAAGCCUAGGAUGACAGCAAAAACAUUUUUUUUCGUUUUUUUAUCAGUUCCAAGUUGAUGUUUAUCUCCACGCCACGUGUUUGACGAAUUCUUUCAAGUGCGUUUAAUACCAUUGUUUAAAUUCCAAUAAAGCUUCGUUUAGUCGAAGGAAAACUUACUAAUCCUUCACUCCCUUGACUUCGCUAUAAGCCGAACUUUAUGUGGGUGUGCUCCUUUCGGCCAACCCAAUAAUAGAUUUUUUAUAUUAAAACGGAUUUCCUUUUCUGAAACAAAACAAAUCGUCAAUUAAUCUAAAUCCAAUUUUUUAUCUGGUGAAUGGCUUUUCCAACGAAUUUGUGAUCUACGAGGUUCAAUUCACAUAGAAUCCGAUGACACAUGGAUGACCCACAGACUCCCGCUGGUUAUCCCAAUAAAAAUACUCUAGAACCCCGGUAACUCGAACUCUGAAGGGAAACGAUAAACAGUUCGACUUAGCGGAUAAUUCGAGUUAUUGGGGUGAUCAAAAUAAAAAAUAAAAAUAAGGUCGACUGAAAGAAACAGUAGAAUUAAUAGAAAAAAGUAAGAAUUAUAACUGAGUCGGAAAAUCGGACUUAAGUCAAACUAUUAUUUCAUGAGAAAAAAGUGAAACUGCCUGCGGAAUCGUUUUCAAGUCCGCCAGAAAUUGACCAAGGAGAGCGGGUUUGAUUUAAGGUGAAUUUAUUAAGUCAGAAUAAUAGGCAAUAACAUGUAUUUUAAAAAAAGAACGAGCUGAAAAAUAGAGAAUAUCACCAUUUUUAGCGGAAUUUUACAAAAUUGGAAAAGGACGAUUUAGUUUGGAACACCUUAAAUGAAGUUAACUUGACCUAACUUGUAUGCUUUUCAAUCUUUUCCCAAUGAAAUAACAUCAUUAAGGUUUUGAAAUAAACAGUCAAACGUUGGAGACUAGGACUCAAAUGCUAAUUCGCUCACUGGUCAUCGUUUUGUCAAUUAGAGCUGGCGGUUUACCUUGAGCUUCGAGAUAAUUGUUUUUAGAGGUUGAUUGAAAAUCUGUAAACAGUCCUAACACACUGCACGUAUUUGUUUAUUGGACUCUUUGGUACAGGACAUUAUAUCAAAGGCCCGGGAUACAUUUAUUUACAAAAACAAACUCACCCGUCGGUUAAAGCAGUUCUAGUGGCCAGCAUGAAAAGUGAGUGCAGUAUAUUAGCAAAUCUGUGCCAACAAGUGAGUGCAGGUGAACAAGAUGCGUCAAAAGUUUAAUUGCUUAUUUUUUCAAUCAUGAUGGUGUGUUUGUUAAGAAAAUGGUUAAAUGUUUUACAAACUGUCGAUUCAGUUAACCAAGAAAAGUCUAGUUGGCGCUUCAACAAAAACAUAAAUGAUAUGAGUACUAUCAAUUUUUCUAUAUGAUAAGCGUCCAGAAUCAAUGCUAAUCAUUGCGUCUGGUCUGUUUCGAGAGAAUUUUAUUUCCCUUCAAAGUUUUAAUUUGCUAGAGGUUUAAAUUUCUGCAUAAAAAAUGUUAUCCGAGAUGCGAAACAAACCCUACAAAUCUGUCCUUUUUCUGUCUCCCUUUCCUGUCGGCCUCACGAUGCUUAAUACUCAUUAUAACAAAUCUGUUCUUUUUCUGCCUCCCUUUUCUGUCGAUCUCACGAUGAAUCAAACUGAUUAUAAUAAUUCAUUAUGGUUGACACUUUGUGUGUAGGAAAAUGGUUACAACACAGAAUGUGAUUUUCGUGAAAAUGUCACCAUACCACGCAAAACUAUUAUUUUUAUCUACCAUUUCCUACAGAAAAGAAGGUAGCUUCCGUUUUUUGAGCUGCACAAAUUAACCUUCAGGAAAGCUUACUCCUACUCCUUUUAGUUAAACAUGUUGUUUCAUUUCAUACAAUUUGUGACGUCUGAAAUUAAACUUUUACAUAAAAAAACAUGAUCUGCAAUGCGAAAAAAAAAAAAACAACGUCAAAUCUCUCCUUUUUCUGUCUCGCUUUUCUGUUGCUCUCACGGUGCUUAAAACUCCUCUGAAUUGAUCUUGCGCAAACACAUCCUUUACCCUUUACUUCAAAACACAAAAAAGAUUAGGGUUAAUUUGAAUCUUUUGAGAGAGUUCACAGUGCCCUCAAACCUCAAGUUGUGGUGUUAGGCAGCCUUUUGCAUCCUUCAGUUGGCAAUUUUAAGGCCCGCCAUUGCAGAAGACGACUUUUGUGAUGACGGUUUCGACCGAAAAGAUUUCGUUUUAUUUAAGGUCAAAAAUGAAUUUUUUUCUGGCCUGUUUCUCUCUCUGCUUCCCUUUUUUGAUAGAUUGUCAAUUCCGUUCUAGAAAUGAAUUAUAGAUUGGAUAGUAAUGGCCCAAUUAUUGCCUUUACAAAGCGUCUUGAUAGUGUCAAAAGAGUUGUCCUGCUAAAGACAGCGCGGAUAUUAACAACUGGUAUUUCGUGGGCGCCGCAUGACGCUUCAGUUAAACUUUGAUUGGGUCACAGCUGGUUAUUUGUUCUAUUCCAGUCUUUAUAAAUUGAGGGACUUUUUGAUGGUAAAGACACACGACAACGUUGUUGUAAAAAGAGUAUUGACUCCCUCUAUCCCUAGAAAAACUUUGGACGGCAAGGUACGUUUUCGAACAUCUUCUAUGGUAUAAGUGUUUCUCGAAGAUCGAUCAUGUUAAUUUCAUUGUGGGCAGUAUAAUCUUUGUUCUGCUUAAACUGACUAUUUUUUAAUCGGGCUAAGCACACACUUAAUUGUAUUGGUCAGUUCAUCGGCUUUUACUCAAUUGCUGAAUUAUUUCCCUUGGGAUGGUCACAAAAUGUUCAAUAUUUUCUUCUUAAAGCCUAGGGUUAGUGACAUAAUGGUAGUGAAAAAUAACAACAAACCAGGGAAACAAUUUGUAUUUGUUUUCAAUUUAGGAAAAAGGCAAUGAACAAGAAGCUUCUCUUCGCUGUGCUUCUGAUGUUGGUAGCCGUAGCCAUUGUAUGUCAUGCCCAAGGGGACCAACCACCAGAUAGUAUUGAUCCCAGACCGCCCGGCGGGAAAAGAAGUUUCAAGGUAGAAUUUUCCAUCAGUAACUGGAAAAAGAUGAAAAUAGGCAAUCCCAAUAAAAAGAUAGAUAAAGUAAUGACAGUUCACUCAUCGUUUUUUUCAACUUUAAAGGAAAACGAUGAGUUUAAUAGCUUUUUUUAAUUUAUUAAAGGAAGAUAGUAGAUUUUUCGGAUGAAAUUUUAAUUACUUUGUAAGAAAAAGCGAUUAGGCCAAAAGAUGCGAACAGCAACAACAACAACGGUCACAAAAAUACAAAAAAUAAUAAUAACAACAAAAAGUAGAAAAAAAUGAAAUAACAAAAAAUUUACUUGUUUCUUUCUUUUUGUUCGCUAAUUCCAGGGGCGGAUCUAGGGGGAGGGUGCAGGGGGUGGGCACCCCCCCAUCUGAGAUGACCUGCGGUUUUCUAAUACAACUGGUAUUCUGCAAAAAAAAAAAAAUAAAUAAAUAAAACUAUGUGGUUUAUUGGUGUUGAAGUAGAGCAAGAGACGAGUGCACCCCCUCCUAAAAAAAAUCCUGGAUCCCCCCCUGAAUUCCUAAGUCAUUCUAUAGCAAUAAAUCCCUACUAAAACAGUUCAAUAUUUUCCGUAACUUGUUGUCCAAACUUAUACUUUCAUUUUCCAAGUUUGUGAUCAAGAAGAGAGAAUACUGUGUAAAAGCCAAACGAGUCUGCAGUCCUGUCGAAGACAGCCUGAAUGAUGAGCCUGCCCUGGCAGACGUCAACCCCGAAUAA